AUGGGCUCCGGAGGAAGCAAAAGCGUCAGGUUCAAUCCCGACACCGACAUCCCUUCAUUAAAAGACAAAGUCAUUCUGGUGACUGGCGGAAACAGUGGUCUUGGAAAAGAAUCCAUUCUCCAGUUUGCCAAGCAUGAUCCCAAAGAGAUCUGGCUAGGAGCCCGCUCCGAAGCAAAGGCCAAGGAAGCCAUCGGCGACAUCAAAGCGCAGGUUCCUGAAGCCCCCAUCAAAUUCGUCAAGAUGGACCUCGCUUCUUUCAAGUCGAUUCGCGAGGCAGCCAAGGCGUUCACGCAGGAAUCUGAUCGUCUUGAUAUCCUCCUGCUCAACGGAGGCAUCAUGUCUGUGCCGCCCGGAACAACUGAUGAUGGGUACGAGAUACAAUUCGGCACCAAUCACAUGGGUCAUGCACUCCUGACCAAGCUCCUCCUCCCAACACUUCUCCGAACUGCCGACAAGGGUGCUGAUGUUCGUGUCACCGUCCUUGCUUCAUCUGCCCAUCAGUAUGCACCCCCCGAGGGCAUCAAGUUUGACACUCUUAAGGGGCAGGCUCUUCAGAUGGGUACAAUCACACGUUAUGGACAAAGCAAGCUUUCCAACGCUCUAUUUGCCAAAGAACUUGCCAGACGCUAUCCCCAGCUCACUACUGCCUCGCUUCAGCCCGGAUUGGUGACCACCAACCUGGCCAACACCAUGAGCGACAAUAGCUGGAUCAUGCGUAUAGCGUGGAAAAUUACAACUCUCUUCAUCGGUGUAGAUGUCCCAACAGGCACUCUGAACCAGUUGUGGGCUUCUACGUCCAAGGAUGUCGUCUCGGGCACGUACUACGAGCCCAUCGGUCGAACAGGGUUGGGUAAGCCGCAUACCAACGAUAAAGUGCUUGCUGCCAAGUUGUGGGACUGGACUGAGAAGGAGCUCGAGGGAGAGAAGCUUUGA